AUGAGUGGUUCACUGCUUGCCUACCUUCGUAGAACACGAAACAAUCCCGACAUGGGCAUUCUCAUUCGAAUGAGCGUCGAUGCCGCCAACGGAAUGGCCUAUUUGGAGUCCAAAAAUUGCAUCCAUCGUGACUUGGCUGCACGGAACUGUCUUCUGACAGAGGACCUGACACUGAAGAUUGCGGACUUUGGCAUGGCG